AUGUAAUAUCAUUUCCUGCCCUCGUGCGGUGAAAGCUAAUACUUAACAUAGGUUUCUCUGAUGGGGGAUGUAAAGUCGUUGUGAUGAAAUAGAUUGAUUACGACGAAUAUAGUGAAGUUCACAGGUUAGGGUUAAUUCUCUUCGUACUUGAAAGUUUGCGGUUGUUAGUGUCGAUUGCCGGUGUUUUGUCUCGUGUUUGAUAGUUACAAUACAAUACAGCACAAUGGAAACGGCAGUUGUUCAAUUGGAACAAUCGGUACGGAAGGCUGAUAAAACACUGGACACGAUUGCAUGGAAGUUAGACCAAUAUGAAAAACAAGUUGUGCAUGUUGAUGGCAGUGAGCUUCCAGAGCAGGUGUCUGUGCUGAAACUCCUGCGGAGUGUUAACCAGGUGAGAGAAGAAUACGAAAACCUCCGACGAGAGAUUUCUGAGGUGCAACAAUUACAAAAGCAAUUUUCUGAUACAUUGCGUCUACAUCUACGACAGGUACAGGGGACAUUUGGCACACUUCGUGACAAGAUCAUUGGCAGCAGUCACCAAAAUAAUUAGCUUAAUUGUCUUCAAAUUCUAAAGGAUCUUGUGGGUGCCAGCUAUUAAAAAUAAAUCUCAUUAAUUUAGAAGUUUUUUUUUAUUGCUGAUUGGUGCCACGCUCUUGUUUGAAGCUGUAUCCUUCAAUUUAAAAUUGUCUGAUUAUUGAGGUGUUCUUUUAUGGGACAAAGAAUUUAUUUGGCUGUUGAUCAUAGUUCAUUUAAUAUUAUAUUGUGUUGCAAAUAUUACUAAAAUACAAAGAACUUAUGAUCUUGUUUUAUUUGGGGUAAAAGCAGUCUUUGCUGUGUUGGCAUAGAAUGUGUUGAUUUGAGUAAUUUUAAAUUGUGAGUAAGUGCAGUUAAAUCUUGUGCACAGUAAUAUUAUACUGUUGCAGAUAAGAUUUAAAUUGGCAAUAAAUCCCUCUGGAUAAUA